CCCCUUCUUCCUCAUGUUAUUCUACUUGGUGGUUGCAGAGUAGAGAAAGUCGUCGCCUCUCUUUCUCCUGGUUCUCGUUAGAUUCUGUCCAAAGCAUUAAAAUUAAGUCCCGAUGGGCGGUUCACGAGAUCAAGUGAACAAGGCUCACAAGACUCGAUUUUCUUCCAAAGCUACUCGUCAAAUCCACAAAACUUCUAAUGCAGGUAAUAGAAUCUCUAAACCCAACAAAAAAAAUGCUGCAAAGGGAGCUAGAGAUGCUCGGAUUCAGCGUAACAAGAUGUUACGUACUCAGAAAAGAGACGCACUUUUGAAGGAGAAGAGAGCGUCUUCUGGACAAAAUUCUCCGCCCCGUAUUAUUGUUCUUUUUGGUCUUUCUUCGUCUGUCAACACUAAAGUACUUGCCAAGGAACUAUUGGAGUUGCUAUCUCCAGAGGAUGCAGGAGCAGCAUCUGCAACCGUUGCGUCUCCCAGCUACCAUCUUAGAGCAACGGUUUUGGUGGCACCUCAUGGUGAUCUGAUGUCAUGCAUAGAAAUGGCGAAGGUUGCCGACCUUUUUGCAUUUGUAACAGAUGCCAGCCCAUGCAGUUCAAACUCUCACAUUGAUCAGUUUGGAGCUCAGUGCCUUUCUUUCUUUAGAUCUCUUGGCCUACCAAGCUCUGUUGUCUUGAUUCGCAAUCUUCCUUGUGAUCCUCACAAAAGAAAUGACAUGAGGAAAAGGUGUGCGUCUAGCCUUGCAUCUGAAUUUACUGACGAUUCAAAGUUUUAUCCAGCUGAUACAAAGGAAGAGCUGCAUAAGUUCAUGUCUGUUUUCAAAGAGCAACGCCCUAGUGUUCCUCACUGGCGAGGUCAGAGAGCUUACCUUAUGGCUGAGGAGGUUGAUUUGGUAGUUGAUGACAAAAAUCCUGGAACAUGUACGCUCUCCCUGACUGGUUAUCUGCGCGCUCGCAGUUUAUCAGUGAAUCAGCUGGUUCACGUGUCUGGAGUUGGAGAUUUUCAGUUGUGCAAAAUAGUUGUGCUCAAGGAUCCUUGUCCCUUAAUUGCAAAAAAAGGGCACAACAUGAUGGAUUCUGAUGAAUUACCAAGUGUGCAGGUUCUUCGCUCCUUAGUUCCCGACCCAUUGAAGCAAGAACCUUUACUUGUUGAAAACGUUCCAGAUCCUCUUGGAGGAGAACAAACAUUUCCUACGCAGGAAGAUAUGGAUCUAGCUAAGGAGUUUAACAGACAAAAAAAGCAAAAGAGAGCUGUUCCUCGAGGGACCUCUGAGUACCAGGCUGCUUGGUUUGAGGGAGAUGAAGAUAGUGAUUUAGAGAAUGAUAAUGAUGAUAUGCUAAUGGAUGAAGGAGAUAAUGAUUUUCCAGGUCUGCAAGAUGGAAAUCAUUCAGACCUAGAUGAUGACAAAUCUUCUCUAGAGUUAGGAGAUUCUGAUGAAGAAACCCAGGCUGAUACGAUGAUGACAGAUGGAGAGCAGCUGACCAAAGAGCAGAUAGAGGCUGAGAUUCGGAAGAUUAAAGAAGCUCAUGCUGAGGACGAGGAAUAUCCAGAUGAAGUGGAUGCUCCAACUGAUGUUCUUGCCCUCAAGCGCUUUGCAAAGUAUCGAGGUCUUAAGUCGAUAAGGACUUGUGCAUGGGAUCCUAAGGAAUCCUUGCCUCCCGAUUAUGCUAGACUGUUUGAAUUUGAAAACUUUGCAAGAACACAAAAAGCUGUUCUUGCUAAAGCUCAGGAUACAGAACAGAGUAGCAAUGAUGAGUCUGUACCUACUGGUACGUAUGUGAGGCUUCAUGUCAAGGAAGUACUAUCAGACGUUGCUACCAAGUUACGAGAAGCGUCCAAGAGAUUCCCAGUGAUUGCAUGUGGGCUCUUGCAGCACGAGUCAAAGAUGUCAGUCCUUCAUUUUAGCGUAAAGAAACAUGAAACCUAUGAUGCUCCUAUCAAAUCAAAGGAAAGUCUGAUUUUCCAUGUUGGUUUUCGCCAGUUCGUAGCUAGGCCAAUAUUUUCUUCGGAUGCUAUAAGGUCAGGCAACCACAAGUCGGAGAGGUUUUUGCACCCAGGGCGCUUUUCGAUGGCUUCGGUGUAUGCUCCAGUUUCAUUUCCUCCACUGCCGUUGAUUGUCUUCAAGCAGGGAGAUGUUGAACCUACUGUUGCAGCUGUUGGUACACUAAGAAGCAUUGACCCUGAUAGAAUAAUUCUGAAGAGAAUUAUUUUAACCGGCUACCCUCUGAGAGUACAAAAAUCAAAAGCCACAGUCCGGUAUAUGUUCCAUCAUCCUAGGGACAUCACUUGGUUCAAGAAAGUAGAAUUGUGGACAAAAUGUGGUCGUCGUGGGCGUGUGAAAGAAGCUGUUGGUACACAUGGGUCAAUGAAGUGCCUCUUUAACGGGGUUGUUCAACAGCAUGACACCGUUUGCAUGAAUUUGUAUAAGCGUGUUUAUCCCAAGUGGCCCGAGAAUCUUUACCGUAUACUUGAUGCCUGACCAUGGAUUCUAUGAAGGGUUCUUCCAGCAAUUGUGUAGUUUCUACUUUGUUUUUCGGGAUCUUUUUCUGUAGCCCAAUUUUUUUUCUUCUUACAUCACAAAGCCAUCAUUUCUAAGCUAAGCUAUAUGUAUGUGUAAAAUCCAUAUUUUUAGCUACAAUAAGACUUAAUCUAAGUUUGUUGAUCUUUAUUUAUUCGAUGAAA